AUGGGCCUGCAUGUUACUGCAACGCCUCCUCAUCCCCCGCCUGCGAAGAGCGACCAAGCACCGUCAACGAAUUGGGAAAUCAUUGUCAAGCAGAGAGGCGUCCCAGCCACGGUUAAGUUUAUAUGCUGGGUGGCUGCAUUCGCAGAAAUUUCGCUUAUCGUCACACAAACCUUGGGAUAUCAGUCAUUCACGAUGAUUGUUCUGUAUCCUCUGGGUAUGCAAAUGCGGAUCGACCAACCUUCCAUAUAUGGUUCGUCUUCGGUGAAUCUGUACCCUUCACCACUAUUUCUUCUCGGAACCUGCCUUGCUACCACAGGAGGCUACAUCCGCUACCGUUGCUAUCAAGAAUUAGGCCGCAUGUUCACCUUCGAGAUGACAAUCAUGAAGGAGCACAAACUGGUCACGACUGGCCCAUAUGCUUGGGUUCGCCACCCUGCGUACACCGGUGUCAUAUGCACUAUCUCUGGCAUUGUAAUGGUACACUGCGCUCCGGGUUCUUGGCUGAUAGAGUGCAAGGUGCUGGAGUCAACUUUGGGCAAGGGGGUGUCCGUUAUUUAUUUAAUUCUCACUAGUAUGAUUACGACUGGUCUCAUAAAACGUAUCCCGAAGGAAGAUGAAGCGCUGGCAGCCCGGUUCGGUCAAGAGUGGAAGGAAUGGACACAGAGGGUUCCAUUUAAGUUGUUCAGGGGUAUUUAUUAG